AUGGGUGCUGCCGGUGGCGGUUGGUCUAAUGAGGCCAUCAAGAAAGUUCCACCUUCAGCCAGAGGAAUCUACAUAUGGCUCGCCGUCAUCUGGGCAUCAUACAGUGGAGGUCUGCAUGGGUUCAACACUGCGAAUAUAUCUGGAACUAUAAGCUUGAAGCCUUUCGUCAGAGAUUUUGGCUGGGGAGACCUCUCAGACUCCACUGUAUCAAAUUAUGAAGGCUGGGUGGUAUCAUCAAUGCUUUUGGGGCAAACAGCCGGCGUUCUCAUCGCCGGCCCUCUUGGAGAACGACGGGGUCGAAAAGCCGCCAUCAUGCUCUCUGCCGUUCUAUACACCAUUGGAGCCAUUCUCAUGGCUGCAAACUUCGGAUCGCUAGCGGAGUUGCUGGUUGGAAGAAUCUUCUCCGGGUUAGGUUCAGGAGCCGGGAUGGUUGUCGGACCAAUCUACAUCUCUGAGAUUGCACCUACUGAAAUGCGUGGAAUGAUGACUACAUUCUACAACAUCAACAUCAUGGCCGGCGUGGCUGGCAGCUACUGGAUCAACUUUGGCUCCCUUGAGCAGAUCUCUGCCGAGGAUAGCUGGCAAUGGCGCGCAACGCUGGUCCUUCAACUCAUUCCUUCCGUUGUGCUAUUUGUUGGGUAUGCGUUCUUCCCAGAAAGCCCUCGAUACCUGAUGAUGCGAGGAAGAACCAGCGCAGCCCAUGCUAGUCUCUCUCGCCUGCGCGGUUUGGGUGACAGUAGCCCUUAUUUCCAGCGCGAAUUUGAUGAGUUGAAGGGUCGAUUCAAUGCAAGCGCCGACAGUCAGAGCGCAUUUGCAUCUUUCAAGUCAUUGCUCAGCUCUUGUGUCACAGACCCCCCUACGCGCAAGCUACUUCUGUUUGUGACUAUCAUCCAAACAUUCUUUAUCAUGUCGGGAGGCAAUUCAAUCACUUACUACGCUCCCACAAUCCUGAAAUCGAUCGGACUCGGAUCUCAGCAGCGACUGCUCUUUUCCGCCGUGUACGGCAUGAUAAAAGUUGCCAGUGUCUUCCUAUACGCAUUCGUUCUGACCGAUCGUUUCGGUCGUCGACCCCUCCUGCUCAUCGGUUCAACCAUCAACGUCAUAUGUCUAUGCUAUCUGGCCGUCUAUCUCGGCGUUGCCGAUCUAUCAGGCUCAGGCGAACCAUCAGCCGCUGCCUGGGUUGCGAUCGUUGCAAUUUGUUUCUUCGCCAUCGGCUAUGGAUUUGGCUGGGCACCGGCAUUCUCUUUGACCGCGUCGGAGAUCUGUCCCACUCCGAUUCGAGGCACCGUGGUGACUAUUGCCUUUGUGUACCAAAAUUUGCUCAACUUUGCCAUCACUCGUGGAUUCCCGAACAUGACGGCGGAUAUGCAUGCUUGGGGUCCGUUCGCGUUGUUCACGGCUUUCACCUUUGUCGCUACCUGCUGGGUCUUUGUUGCGUUUCCUGAAUGUAAAGGUCGGAGCAUGGAGAAGGCGGAUACCUUGUUCUCGAUGCCUUGGUACAAGAUCGGAUUCUCAAAGGUUCCGGAUACCAGUGCAGUGGAGACGGUUGAGGCCGAUUUGGAAAAGGCUUCAUCGAGCGAGCACACUGAGCAUAUGAGCAUAGACGACAAGCGUCAGAAAGAAAAUUAG